AUGACUGAUCCAGCCCUAGGCAUCGCUGAGACCAUUCAAACGGCCUCUAUCAACCCGGAACCAUCCCCAAGCCAUGACAUCAAUCCUCCGACCGCAUCUUCGGAGAAGAAGCCUGUCGCUGAAGAUGCGCUAUCCGAGGCUGGCAGCAUCCCAUCCGACGUCGUGGACCCUCAUCGAAUGAUCAGACCCGCUCCAAGGCGGCAUAAUCUUCCUCCAAUGCCUGAUUUGCGCUUCGAACAAAGCUAUCUGGCCAGCAUACGGGGUGCUGAGACUUGGGGUCGUGUUGCAUGGAUCACCGUUCGAGAUCAGGUUCUUCUCCCUCUGAUCCAAGGUACCCUCUGGACCCUCGCUCUCUCCGGUUGGCGAUUCUGGAACCGCAACGCGUCUCUCAGUGGCCAGACAUUGGGCAGCAGAAUUCGACGAUGGUGGUACGAAGUAAAUAACUGGAAACUCCCUCCCCUCCCGUCAAUGAAGGACCGUAAGCUUGCUGCACAGGCAGAAGACUUCUAUAAGACUCAGUUCUCAAACGCCGGUGCCGACUAACUGAUUAAAAUAAAGUGCGAUUUUCCCGGAUUUUGGUUGCAUUUUAGGAGUUCAGGUUACGGCGUUACGAAUAUAGAUCACUUCGAUGGUCUGUCUGUAUCUUAUGUUUCUUAAGCCCACGGGUGCGCACAUUCAUGCACAGUUGGUUAAACUCUUGUAGACAUUUCAAUGGAGCUCUUCUCUUAGUAAAAAUGUUAUCG